UGACGUAAAGACGUGACGCGCUUUAGGCUCUGUGGGCAGGAAAACUGCGCGCGUGUGCGAUAGAGACAAGAGAGAGGCGCAUGAAUUGAUCGCUCCCGAAGCACAGACACGGCGCAAGGUACAACACGAUGCGUUUCUAAUGCUGGGGCACGGCCAGAAUCAAGCCCAUUCUCACCCCAGAACACACAUCGUGCUGCAGCGACCUCGCCCUGAGCCAGAGAUCGGGCUGGGUUCGGGCGGCGAGCGGAAGGACGGCGGACUGAAACAGCAGGGCGGCUCAAAGCGGGUGCACGCGCCUUUUAGAGAAAGAGAGAGAGAGAGGGAGUGACUGCUUGCCUGUGCAUUAGCAGCCAUGAGAGAAUACAAAGUGGUCGUGUUGGGAUCCGGCGGCGUGGGAAAAUCGGCGUUGACUGUGCAGUUCGUCACCGGGUCCUUCAUCGAGAAGUACGAUCCGACGAUCGAAGAUUUCUACCGCAAGGAGAUCGAGGUGGACUCGUCGCCCUCGGUGCUGGAGAUCCUGGACACGGCUGGGACCGAGCAGUUCGCCUCCAUGCGCGAUCUGUACAUCAAAAACGGCCAGGGCUUUAUACUCGUUUACAGUCUGGUCAACCAACAGAGCUUCCAGGACAUCAAACCCAUGCGGGAUCAAAUCAUCCGCGUGAAACGGUACGAGCGAGUGCCCAUGAUCUUAGUGGGGAAUAAGGUGGAUCUGGAAGGAGAGAGGGAAGUCUCUUCCGGGGAAGGCAAAGCUCUGGCUGACGAGUGGAACUGCCCGUUUAUGGAAACUUCUGCCAAAAAUAAAGGCUCGGUGGACGAACUGUUUGCAGAAAUUGUCCGACAAAUGAACUAUGCCUCGGCGCCAAAUGGAGACGAUCAGUGCUGCUCGUCUUGUGUCAUUCUUUAAACAGAAAAGCAUUACUUGUCCCCUUUCCUGUUUGCAAUGGUGAGUGAGCCGCACGUCAAUAAGACUCCGUAAGAUUAAACGAGAACUAACAAGUUUGCUCGAGGACAAAGACACAACAAACAUCGCUUAUUUUCUGGUGUUAACUGUCAUCAGUAUUCCUAUAAAGUGUCCCACCAUGUCUUGCACACGACAAAAGAAUAUUGAAACCAGUGUUUACACGACAGAAUACUUGAAUGUUCUGGGAUCUAGACAAACUGACGCGUUGAAGGCACUUGUGUUUUUCCUGAGUUUUUGUUUCUUCUUCAGGUGCCGGCCAGUGUGGUGUCGUCUUUUGCGACACGAACUAGCGGUAGUUAUUCGUUCGUUUUUGUUGUUUUAUAUUUUUAGGAGUUCUGUACUGUUGAGCUACGUGUCUCCCCCUGGCCUUGGCUUUUUUUGGAGUAGGAGUUCCUCAAGGGGAGGAGGAGACCCCCUGGAAUAGUGGAUCACUCUUCAGGAAUUCCGCUAGGGUUGGAGUAUUGCACAGCAUUGAUGUCAACACAAGUGGCCGAUCGACGCCCGUUUCGGAUUGCACUCAUAACUGGAACUUAAACCCCAAGACGCGGAAAACUGAGACACGGGAGGAAAACUUGCUGUACGUGAGUUUGAUUAAAGGACCCUCGUCGUGAAUCAAUGCAUCGCGUCAUUUUGCUGUUAUUGUGCCGGCGGAUGACGUCACAACUGAAAAAAAACACUUUCACGUGCCACUUUUCCCCCUUCUCCUCCUCCUCCAGCGUGCGCUAGGACUUUACUGUUGUGACGUGAGGACGUCGGAGCUUACGUCAUCGCGUCGAGUGCCUUCCUAAAAGCUGUUCAAGAGUUUAGUGCCAAGCUGCAAUGGUCUGCAAGCAGUCUCUGUUCAUGGCAAUCCACAAAGUACUUAACUGUUACACUUGCUGAUUGUUUUGGGGGUUCACAAUGUUUAAAAGGCCUAUUGUCAAUGGAAUGGCAGUUAUCACUAUUUUGAGUUUUUUUGGGCCUUUCAGUAAAACAAUUUUUGGCUCUUUUCUUGGAACUGGUCUAGGUUUGGCCAAAUAUAGUGUGAAACGCAGGUACUGACGCCCCCAGACUCAAAGCCACAAACCACUGUCUCUCUAGACCAGUUAAAUCAGAUUUUUGUUAUUUUGUUUUUAACAAUGUGAUGUACCAUUGAAAUUCUAAUCCGAUUGUACGUUUAAUUUCAGACUAGCAUUUUAACAGCUGUCUGAUUGUUUUAAAGAGACUUUUAAUACAAAUUGCAUUUUUAAAAAAUCA